AUGAACCGCCGCCUGCUUACCCUUCCCUCUCCCCCCUCGCCGCCCAUCUCCCUCCUUGCACCUCCCUCCCGCCACCUUCCUCCACCGAUCUACCUCCCCACAUCUCGCUCCCCCUAUCUCCCUUCUCCUCUUCCCUUCCCCCUCUCCUCGCCUCAGGACGUGGGACCAGUGAAUUGCAUCAACCGUCCCCAACGGCCCUCGCUUUCCUGGCUGGGGUACCGCUGGCGGCCUGCCACGUGUCAAGUGCCAGCGUACGGUUUCAGGCCGUACCACUUCCUGGAGAUGAUGCGGAACAGAGUGAUAGCAUCGGUGGGCGAUUCACUCUCCUAUCAGAACCUUAUGCCCUCGCUGCUGUGCCACAUUCACGGCGCCUCACCUGUCACCGAGAUUCCCAACGAUGGAUCGCUGGCCAUACAGCACAAACGGAGCAGAGUGUAUCGAGUACAGGCAUACAAUGUCACGCUUAUAAACACGUGGAGCACGUUUCUUAACGAGUACUGGCAAGACGAGCAGACCCUCUCGCGCUACAGUGGCGGUAAGAACCGCACAGACGAAGAUUCUGUGAUCAAUCUGGACGGCGUCGAUCCGGCGCUUGCCGCCCGGGUGACUAAAUACGACGUGCUUAUACUGCAGACCGCGGCGCACUGGCAGGCCAAGCCCAAUAAAUGGCGGCGGUACUUUGUGAAUGGGCAGGGGAGGGUGGUGUUCACUGAACGGCAGUAUAUUGCUGCCUUCGAGCGUGGCAUGCGGGCGAUAGCGAACCUGCUGAGCCAAAGCGACCUUGACACACCCCCUGCUGCACGCACGCCCGUGCCCUUCUUUCUGUCUGCUCCCGCCAAGAUCAACCGCUGCAAAGGCCACUCGCAGCCCCUCACACACGCCCGGCCCGCUGCAAACGCCACUCGCAGCCCCUCAUGCACUCCCGGGUUCUUCAGGCUCGUUAUAAGAUUCCUCAGUACACUCGGUGGCUACCCGCACAGCAGCGCGCAGUAG